AACCCCUUUUCUCACUCAUCUCUCAUUCCACCGGUCGUCCGUCGUGAGACACCGUGCCGGCGGCUGCCGGCGGCGACGGUGAUUCCCUAAACCAAGGUUGAAGUCACCAGCAGACGCGCAAGGCUGCACUGGUGAUGUAUUUGGGGGUGGUUUAGUGAAAUUUUCCUGGAUAAUCUUAAUCGAAGGAUUCCCAUUGAAGAACCCUAAGUCUUUUUACGCAAAUUAAGUGGAAACUAAGGUGAUUCAACGUCUACAACCUUAGGGCUUGGAUUCCUCUCCUUACACUCUACACUCUAGUGACCAAAAAAUGCGAAAAUGCCAAGAUUAGAGAUUGACUCAUCGGAGAAGGAGGCCGGAAAACUGUCAGCAGGUGAAUCAAGGCUUGGUGAAUGGUUUUGGCUUGGUUUUUCACUGCAGGUUUUACUUGCACCGAUGGGAAUAAUUGUAGGCUACAGGCUCAUGCUUGGUCUACUCUCUAGUAUUUCAAACAGGUCUUACUCUGCUGCAGGUGAGGCCUUGUUUCACUUGGUUCAUGGUUCUGCUGCAGGAUGUCUGGAAAAUUUGCAUUGCUCAUCUUGCUGUAGUUUGGUAGCAGGUAUACCACAUGAAGCUGAUUGUAUUGGUUUAAGGCAUGCUUCAGUUGUUUACAACUUGGAAUGGAUGUGCCUUUCAUGGUUGAAUGGAUUGAAUGAAGCUAGGAGUUGAUAUCCAUCUACAGGUUGAUCCCAAGGUUUGUUGUUGCCUUGCUUGCAUGAACACUUUGGUCAUGGUCUGUAUGGAUUCAUAGGAUACUUUGACUUGUCAAUGGUUCUACAGGUUUAUUUGCUCAAACCAAGUUCAUGGCAUGAUGGCAUUGAAGAUCAUGUGCAAAUGGCCAAAACAAAAUCAAGAUGGAAGUGUAAAAUGGGAUUAGGACUAGGAUUAGACAAUUGGUGGUUUAGGAUAGAAAAGAAUUUAAGUUGACUUUGGUCAACUGUUGACCAAAAAGUCAAACUGUUGACCAAAGUCAACAUUUGGUCAACAUGUAAUGUUUUGCAUUUUUGUAUGUAAUGAGACAUUUGUGAUGAUGGAAUGAAUGGGAUUGAUGCAUUUGAAUGAAAUUUGAUAGGUUUUGAAUCUUGAA